AUGGAAGACACAGAGGCACGUUUAGGAACUCGGGCGGUUAAUACAACCUCUCCGGAUUUGUUGAAGAACACGCCUUCCAACAUCGCCAGGUUAGAAGAUGUGAUUGAGCAAUGCCAUGGCCGACAAAAGUAUCUCGCUCAGACCAGGAGUCCGUCAGACGGGAGUGAUGUUCGCUGGUACUUCUGUAAGGUUCCUUUAGCUGAGAACGAGUUAGCUGCUUCAGUACCUCGCACUGAUGUCGUAGGCAAGAGUGAGUAUUUCCGUUUUGGUAUGAGGGAUUCUCUUGCCAUUGAGGCUUCUUUCCUCCAGAGAGAGGAUGAGUUACUGUCAUUCUGGUGGAAAGAGUAUGCAGAAUGCAGUGUAGGCCCUAUACCACAAGUUAAUACUAGAAAGAAAUCAACUAAGCAGUCAAUGGAAACUCUUCCAGAAGCUUCUGUGUUAUCCACUCUAUAUGAUGUUGAAGAGGAGAGAGUCGGUGUACCUGUUAAGGGUGGGCUCUAUGAGGUGGACUUGGUGAGAAGACAUUGUUUUCCCGUGUAUUGGAAUGGAGAUAAUCGGCGUGUGCUUAGAGGCCAUUGGUUUGCUCGUAAAGGUGGCCUAGACUGGCUUCCAAUUCCAGAAACUGUCGCUGAACAGUUGGAGGUUGCAUAUCGUAACAAGGUCUGGCGCAGGAGAAGAUUUCAACCCUCUGGUCUCUUUGCAGCUCGAGUUGAUUUGCAGGGUUCCAAUUUGGGACUUCAUGCCCUCUUUACCGGGGAAGAUGAUACUUGGGAAGCCUGGCUUAAUGUUGAUCCCUCUGGAUUCUCUGGCAUUGUUGGCUAUACUGGAAAUGGAAUUAAGCUGAGACGUGGUUAUGCCGGCUCCUACUCUCCUAAACCUACACAGGAAGAACUACGCCAACAAAAAGAGGAAGAAAUGGAUGACUAUUGUUCUCAAGUCCCUGUUCGACAUCUUGUAUUUAUGGUUCAUGGUAUUGGCCAAAAAGUUGAGAAGUCUAAUCUUGUUGACGACGUUGGAAACUUCCGUCAAAUCACAGCAGCUUUAGGUGAACGUCAUCUAACCUCUCACCAGCGUGGCACUCAAAGAGUCCUUUUCAUCCCAUGCCAGUGGAGAAAAGGUCUGAAACUAAGUGGUGAAGCUGCUGUUGAUAAAUGUACAUUAGAAGGUGUACGGCGUUUGCGAGAGAUGCUGAGUGCAACUGUUCAUGAUGUGUUAUACUACAUGAGCCCCAUUUAUUGUCAGGCUAUAAUUGAUUCGGUUUCAAACCAGCUGAAUAGACUGUAUCUGAAAUUUAUAAAGCGGAACCCGGACUAUGAUGGAAAGAUAUCCAUUUAUGGACAUUCUCUGGGGAGCGUUCUCUCCUAUGACAUCUUAUGUCAUCAGCACAAUUUGUCAUCUCCAUUUCCAAUGGAUGCAGUAUACAAGAGGUUUUUUCCAGAUGAAGAAUCUCCUCCGAUUUCAGAAAGCGCUGACAAACCUUGUAGUUCGCAUCAAUCACCGAAUCUUGAGCCAGAGAAAUCUAACCUGUUGAAUAACACUGAGGAAAUCACAGGUCAAGAUAAUGACAUGAUGGAUAAAGAAUCAACGGUAGUGGAGCAUCACCAUGUUCUUCAAGAAGCUUCUACUUCGGUCUCUGAUUCUGUUUCAGAGAACGUGGGUCUGGAGAGAAGAGGCAGCGAGGAAGGUGACGAACAUGAUUCUAGUGGUGCAAUUUCCUCACUGGAUGGACCAGAUGGAGCUGACUGUAGAUCACCUGGUUCGUCUCCCUCUUCCCUAGAACAAUCUUGGGAGAUGAAUGGCGAUUCUAAUAACGAGGAUACAAUCAAGUUAUUACAAGAAGAGAUUAAAUCAUUGAGGUCAAAAGUAGCGCAACUGCAAUCAGAAAAUGCCAGAAUAUUGACGGAUGAAAAAGCCAAGACAUCUGUGAUGCAUAAGCAGCACAUCAAUGAGAAAGCCCUAACUAAAGAUGGACCUACAAGCUUUACUCCGUAUAUAAAGUACCAAAAGCUCGAGUUCAAGGUUGACACUUUCUUUGCAGUUGGGUCUCCUCUUGGAGUGUUUCUAGCCCUUCGAAAUAUACGUAUUGGGAUAGGUAAGGGAAAGGAUUAUUGGGAAGAGGAGAAUGUUAUUGAAGAGAUGCCAGCUUGUCGUCGAAUGUUCAACAUUUUUCACCCCUAUGAUCCUGUUGCAUAUAGAGUGGAACCACUUGUCUGCAAAGAGUACCUUCCUAAACGACCUGUUAUUGUCCCUUACCACAGAGGUGGCAAGCGGUUGCAUAUUGGUUUACAGACAAGAGUUCUCACUAUUUGCCAGUCCAAAAGCUCGGAUAAACUAGAAGAUUCUGAAGAAACAGAUGACGAAAAGGAUGGAAGGUCCUAUGGUUCUUUAAUGAUGGAAAGGCUGACCGGAACUCGAGAUGGUCGAAUAGAUCACAUGCUACAGGAUAAAACGUUUGAGCAUCCGUAUCUACAAGCCAUAGGAGCUCAUACAAACUAUUGGAGAGAUAAUGACACUGCUCUUUUCAUAAUUAAACACUUAUACCGCGAGUUACCAGACGAACCAAACACACCCACUGAAUCCACCGAUGUAGACGAUACUUCAAAAGACUCAAGUAGACAUCAUAGCUGGAUAGACAGAAGUGAGGCUGAGGAAGAGCUUCCUUUAACAUUCUCCAACAAAGAAAUCGCCAGAAGCUUCUCUGAAGAAGCCAAGAAAUAUAUGAAGAAACCUUAAACACGUUUUCACCAUAGACUGAUUUUGUUUUUGUUUGCAUUGCAGAUGUAACAUAUAGUGUAGUUAAUGUGUAAAAAAAAACUCAAGCUCCACGGGUUUACCUUAUUGUAACCAUAAUUUGACAACAUAAUAAAGAAAAUGAUGAAAAGCUACUACUUAUUGUUCGUCCUUAGGUGAGCUUUAUUGUCAGGUCCGGAGAUGAAGAUGCUUAGCAGACAUCGGCUGAAAAACAGAGUCCGACUCUAAAGCUGCAGCGAGUUCAGGCCAUACUAUAGCAGAGACCGACCACGAGCCGUCAUUGCAAGCGCUAGGUCGCUGGUUGAGGUAACCAACUCCUAUUUUCUCAACAGUUGAACAUACAGUCCCAAGGACAGGAGCACCAAACCCAAAAUCCAAGUCAGCCACAGGGAACCGUCUUCCUGAAGACAAGACCAAAGCUGGUCCUUCUUGUCCCAAUACCACCCGAGCUAACAUCAAUCCAGAUUUUCAAUGGUGGCUUCACCGACAGCUAUAGACAAGACGUUUCCUAUGUAGCUAGAGGUGACAGUCUCUAGUCUUCCUCUACCGUCAACAAGCCAGCCCAUCUUGCAUGUUUUGUGACCGCUCUCUAUAGAAUCCACCAUUUUCUUCCAGACAUAAGCAGAGAAAGCUUCAAUCUUUGUCCUGUUCUCUCCGUUCACAUUAGCUUGUGCUUGCAACGCGUUUAUACUCGAAGCAUCGAUGUGGUAGAGUCGCUUGAUGAGCCUUUUGGGGGUUGGUAUGUUCUUAAUCUCUUCCACGCUGCAUUUUAUGAAUGUUUUGUCUAAGAGAGGGUGGUAACGCGGAGGAGAGCGCGGCAGGAGGAGGUUUCUCCGGUGGUCUGGUACACAAGAAACUGGUUGUUUUCUCGAUAUCUCUGACCAUGUGGUGAGGAACUUGCCGAAAGAGCUAGCGUCUCCUAGAGCGUGGUCGAAUGUGAAUGUUACAGAGAGGCCUCCACAAUUGAACUCUGUCACUUGAACCUGCAAGGGGAAAUCAGGGUUAACUCUAACCAGCUUUGCUUGGAGAAACACGUCGAGGUUGUAAAAAUCAAGACUUUUGAGAUCGGUGUUGGCUCGUGCUUGGACUAGCAAAGCUCCAUUGUUGUUGCAGAGGAUGAUAGGCUCUUCUUGAGAGGUUUCGUUUGGAACUAUCUGACCAGCAAAAGGGUAGAAGUAGUUAAGAGUUUCAGAGAGAGAGGCUUUGAGGGAUUCAACGAUGGAGCCCAAGGUUGAAGCCAAGUGAGGUGGCUUGGGGUAGAAGUAAAAGUAGGUCACAGGAAAACGGCCGGAAAGUAGGUCGAGAUUUGAUAGAGAAAGUUUAUGAGGUCUCUCAGGGUUGUUUCCGGAAGCUUUGACUAUGGACUCUCCGGUGAAACACACAUCAAACAUCUUCAGUUUGCAAUAGCCAAUAGGUACUAAGGGAACGCUUAUUCUGAUGAAUGAUAUAAAUAAGAAGAUUAGAGAAUGUAGAGUAGUACACUUAUAUUCGGUUGUUUGUUUAUUUGUGAUACAAUAUUCAAAAGGAAUGAUCAUUGUUCGCUUUGAAACAACACAU